AUGAUAGAAGGUAAUGUUCUCAGUGAAAGCGAUGAAGGAGAAAUAAAGUCAGAUUUUGAAGAUGACUUUCAGGAAGAGCUGGGUGAUUUUCCUCAUGUUUUGCGAUUCAUUCAAAGAAUGCGUGAGCGUAUAAAAAAACAAAACAAGAAAAUCACUAAAUUGAGAAACAGGCUUAAUGAACAUAGGAAUCAGAAGUUAUUAGAAAAUAAAACAUUCAUUGACUAUGGCACCCAAACAAAUCCUUUGGAAUAUGAAAAAGAGUUACAUAAUUCACAAAAGUGGAAUGUUAAUGAUGAUGAAACAUCAGUUAGUAUCGUUGAUCAAGUAAAAGAAGCAGCUGAAUCGGCUUUGUUACAAACUGGUUUCGUUUAUGAAGAAACUUCAGGUCUAUAUUAUGAUUAUAAUAGUGGAUAUUAUUAUGAUGCAAAACAAGGUUUAUAUUAUGACGGCAAUACAGGAAUAUAUUAUUAUUACAAUGAAGCCAGUGGAACUUAUCAAUUUCAUAGCCAAGCACAAGUAUCUGUGAAUGAAGCAGCUUCGCAAGUUCAAAGCAAGAAGGAGCAGAAAACUAGAAAGGCAAAUAAGGAUGAGGGGAAAAAACGCAAACUUGCGAAAACGGAAGAACAGUCGGAAGAUAAUGAACUUGAGGAGGGUGAAUGUUCAAGCAACGAUAAUGACAGCAAUUCUAAUGACAUUACUCCCGAAUUAUGUACUAGUAGUGACAGUGACCAUGAGGAAGAUCAAGACAUAGCAAAAAUAUAUCCACCAUGCAUGAGAAUCAUAGUUAAAGAAACCAAUCUGUCUAAAUUAAAAAUUGGAAGCCUCUUUGUCGUUGCGUAUACGGGUGGUUCGAUUGGUCGAGAAGGCGACCAUUCAGUAGUUAUACCAGAUAUAAACGUUAGUAAACACCACGCUCGAUUAUUGUACGAUGAAGAGAAAAAGAUAUAUCAAAUCAUAGAUUCAGGCUCAAGAAAUGGUACAUUUUUGAAUGGUAAACGACUGUCUGUAGCUAAACAAGAGUCAGAGCUUCACGAAGUUACACACGGUUCAAUUUUACAAGUUGGAAGUACAAAAUUAUUAUGCCAUAUUCAUAAUGGUAAUGAAACUUGUGGCCAUUGCGAACCAGGACUCGUCCAACAAAGUAGUAACACGGAAGAGAAUAAAACUUCCAAGAAGAACCUUCACAAACAGGAACUGAGGCGAUUGAAGCAUAAGUUUGGCGUGGAAAAAGAUAAUGUUGCGACUGCAAGUCAGGUAGCGUGGGGGUAUAAAGACAGAGCGCAAAACAGGCGACAAUGCAUUGGUUCUUUGGAUCAUCAUGCUAAAACGCAACAAAGUUCAAUGGACACAUCUAUAGCAAAAGACAACAGAGGAUUCAAGCUGUUAUCAAAGAUGGGCUGGACAGAGGGUCAGUCAUUGGGGAAAGAAGGAGAUGGUCGGACCGAACCGGUGCUCAUGACGAACAAUCCAAGCAAAACCGGUCUCGGGGCGAGUCGUGAAUUUCCAACGAUCGAACUAGAUUCGACGACGGAAAAGAAGCAAGCGUUAUGGCGAAAGACCCAGCGGCGUUAUAAAGAGAUCGCCGAGCAGCCGUAAUUAUUGCACCACCCGUCGAACGGUCUCGUUGUGAAAAACGUUGCACAGUUUCAUGUUUUUCUUUUUCUUUCGUUUGUUUUUUUUCUUCGUCACGUUAAACGGAGGACAAUUGCAUUUUCUUACCCACUCGUUACGUGGAUCGCGAAUGCAAACGG